CAUGUGAAGAUGUAAGCUUACCAGCAAGUGGUAUGACCUCCCGACUGUGAAAGGCAGCAAUGCGCCGCGUAGCGUGUAGUCUGCCGGAAAGUACAAGAAGAAGAAGAAGAACAACAACAGCGUGUGGAGUCCGAGGCAAACAAGGCCACAUAAGCAUGGAUCUCGUAAGCAAACCAAGGAGUAAGUCCAUUGUAUGGAUGUAUUUUGGCCUCAAAGCGGACGAAAGGGGACAGCCUCUGAACUCGGGGGAGGCUAUCUGUCGCUUGUGCCGGAAGAUCGUCCUCGCAAAAGGUGGAAAUACGACGAACUUAAGAAGUCAUCUGAGGCGUCGACAUCGUGCGGAUUUUUUGGAGCCAGCUUCUUCUACGAACCCUGCAGCGUUAUGCGAAACCCCAGGUUUGGAUUCAAACCAUGAAGAACUUUUUGAGGAUUUUCCAUUUCUCCAGAAUACUUCAACCCAGAACUAUGUACCAGAUGCUGUUUUGCCACCUGGGGAACCGUGGCUCCAUGGCGGCCCCUCCAGGGCAGUGCUGUCCCUGCCAUCCUGUCUGUGCCUGUGUGACGAUUCCGGGACAGGACCUUCUGGUUCUUUGUCUGGCCAGGACCAAAUGGGAGAUAUGAAGGUGUACGCCAAGUGUCAUCUUCAGCAGGGCGUAAUGUUUGGGCCCUUUCUGGGAGAAGUUUGCAAAGGACAAAUGCCAAACAACCUCAAAUAUGCCUGGGUUAUAAGGGAUGACACAGCUUUCAUCUACAUUGAUGCGUCUAAUGUAAACAAGUCCAACUGGAUGAGGUAUGUAUCAUAUACCAACAGUGAGGAGGAACACAACCUGAUUGUGUUCCAGUUUUAUCGUCGCAUCUACUACAAAGUAUCUCAGCCAAUCUCAGAAGGAGCAGAGCUCAGGGUCUGGAUCGGCAGGGAUUAUGCUUCACUUCUGGGUCUUGGGAUUGGCGAGAGUGUGAAGUGUGAAGUUGGAGACAAGGACACCAUCCUGCGACCCUUGCAGGACAUCCAGUUGGUCACCCUCCCAGAGCCCAGCAGCUCCUCCCUUUGGUCAGAUCAUAGCCAAUCUCAGAGUCCCAUGCCAUUCAUCAGUGAUGUGAUGACCAUGUCAAUCCCUGAUGCUACUACUGAUUCAGGUUCUGCUGUCCCCUCCUCUGCCCUCAUCUCCUCCCCGUCUCCCAGCUUACAUCAGUUCGAUAAGUAUGAUUUUUUGCCUGGAACUGAAAAACUGCUAAGUAACCCAAAUGCCACAGAGAACAGUCCAUGGUACUUCUUUGGGUUUGAACCAGACCCAUCUGGACGGCUGCUGGACAGGAGCACUGUGGUGUGUAAACUGUGUGGGGAGCGAGUGGGCUGUGGGGGGGGGGCAGCUGACCUCCAAAACCACCUGACCACCAAGCACCAUAUUCGACCACGAGAGACCAAGGAUCGGACAAUAGGUCAACGCCCACUUCUGCCAAUGGUUAACAGUGGCCUGGUCGGUACACUCCCUCUGGUUCUGUCUGCUCAAGUGGCUGAUGCCAUCAUCAACUUCCUCAUCAUGGAUCUUCAACCCUCAACUCUGGUGCAGGGGGCAGGCUUCAAACAGUUAAUCCACAACUUGAUGCCCACCAAGAAGGAGCUUCCUUCACAGUUCCACCUUGAUAGCCUACUGAAAGAGCACCACAUAAAAGGCAAGAUGAGUCUGGCACAGCUGCUUAGGAGAAAAACAGAAAGCAAGGAAUAUGAAGAUGUAUCGGACUACAUGGCUCCCAUUGAGUUUGAACCAGCUAGACGUGGACGACCUCACAGUCAUCAGAGGGAGGUUCCUCACUUUGUAACCCUAAGUGUAGAUGUAUGGUUUCACACCUGGCAGGGAAACACUCAGAGGUACCUCACCCUGUGGGCACAUUACGUAGACCUCAACUUUCAUUGUCAGAAUCUGGCCCUGGCAACCCAAAGACUCACAGACUAUGAAGAUCACAACUUUCAAGCUGUGGAAGACCAAGUCAAAGCUAUGGCUAAGGAAUGGGGCAUAUCCCAACCCAGUCUGGUCCUCCUGGGAGGAGAAGAAUGGAACAAAAUGAGACGGGGACCAAGGAAGUGUGAAAAAGCUGGAGAGGCUGCAGGGAGCAAUUCUCACCCAAACUCAACAACAUUUUUGGAGAGGGAUGAUUCUGCAUCACCUGAGGAACCACAUGGUCUGGACCAAAGCCAUUCUAGUGAUGGACUAGUAUCUAUCCCAUGUUUCAUCAAUGCAGUACAGGGCUGCAUUGAAGAAGUGAUGUCACAUCCUGUCAUUUCCGAGACCCUCAAAGAAUUCCAUGGUAUUCUUUCAACUCUGUUCUUAUUGCCUGCUCAGAACAGAGGCUUCUGUCAGAACCAAGCCCAGCGCUUGUUGCAGACUAUGACCAAACAGGAGCAGCUAGAGUUGAAGUCCUGGGUCCAUAGUGAACCCACCUGGAAUCAACUGUACCCUCUACUGAGCACACUCAUCAGGCAUAAAAGCCUUGUCUGUGAUGUAAUAAAAGACCUGAAAGAAGAAAUGGCUUCGGAGUCCAGUUCUCAUGAAAAUUCCACCUCCAGCACAUCUUCAGGAAGCAGCUCAACCCUUCGUUCUGAAUGGAAGGUGCUUGAAGAGCUGAGUUUAGUCCUCAAACCUCUUGAUGUGGCGUGUCGGACUCUUGCCAAAGAAGCCUUUCCCCGUUUGUCCCUCAUCAAACCAAUUCUCACAGGCCUGCUCUCCCGCCACCUCAUAUCCCGGCCGGGGGACUCAUCAUCCAUUCUGAAGGACGUGAAAAGGAUGAUGAGGCAACAUUUAGCCAGCUGCUACGACAACCCUGUUGUCAACAGAGCUCUAUGUGUGGCCUGUUCCCUCGACCCUCAGUUCCAUGGGCUGGGAUUCAUGGAGAAAAAAGAACAGGCAACCACUUUUGAUUGGCUGAAAAAAGAGGCAGUCAGGAUCGUGAAGGAGGAUAGAAGGAGGAGCCACAACAAGAAGUCUUAUCCGAUCAAGAGAAGCCUCUCACCUGGGUCACCUGAGUCAGAGAGUGAGUUUUUACGACGGAGCAAAAGGCUCAGAGAUUCCCAACAAAUCAACUUCAGAGAGGUUGAUGCGUCCGAAGAUGAAGAAAGUGAUGCUGGUGAUGCUGAUGACAGUGAAACAGCAGAGCCAGGCUCUCAGGGUGGACUCUCUGGUAUGGAGUUCCUGUUGGGAGACCUUUUCUGCUCUGCCCCCAAGAGCAAACAAAGCUCUGUAGAGGAGUCUGUGGACAUGGAAAUGUCUUUUUUCAGGGCUGAGAAGGGGGCUUCACUUGGAGUGGAGCCCCUGCAGUGGUGGAUGACCAAAGCAUCACAGUUCCCACUGUUAGCCACAGUGGCGCGAGCCUACCUAGCUGCCCCAGCAGUGGCAGGUAAUGCUGUCCAUGACUUUUUGCUGGAGGGAACAGGAGCCUUGUACAGGAAAAGGGCCAACAUUCCACCAGAAAAUUUAGAUGCAAUUCUGUUUUUGCACCACAACCACAUGACCAGCAUAGAGAGUGGACAAACAGUAGUAAGGUUUGAUGAUAAAAGGAUUGAGAAGUUUCCAUUACCAUAGACAUUCUUUGACCCAUACCUAAAUUUAAAUCUAAACCUCUUUUAAACUGUAAACAAACCUAAAUCAACAUGAUGAGGAAGAGCACAAAGUCAAAAUAUCCAAGUACACAGACACCCUACAUUAGGAGUCCAUUUAGAUUUCUGGUUUCACUGGCCCAGUGAAUGGGGUUUUGAUUUAUACAAGUCGAGCCAAGUGAACUAACAUUUGUCAUUAUAAGGAGCUCUACCCAAUUUACUUCUGAGCCAACGCUGGCAACAUGACUGUUAUCAAACUCACAGCAAAUGUUGUAACUUGAGAUAAAAUGGCUAUAUAGACCAAGGACUGUAAUGUUUUUAUGUACUGACAAAUUAAAUUUUCCUAUACUGAAUAAAUAAAAAUAUUCUUCUCUAGGCCACAAUGAAUUCAUUUUCCCCUUCUUUGUUGGUACUUUAGAUAGCCAGUUUUACACACAUUACUGCCUCUUCAACCUUGAAUGUGUUUCCUUGCACGAAAAGUAAAAUUUGCAGUGCAUUGUGGAUGAUAUACAACAAAGUACCCAGUUAACAUCACUGUCAACUCACUUCUCCAGCCCAAGAUGGCAGUGAUAACAAUAAUUGCUAGUGUCGACGAGAUGCCAGUGUCGUGAAUUAGUUGUGAAGAACACUCAAACUGCACUAUUAAGAUGACAUUGUUUUGAAUUUGAAGCUGAUGAAAGCUCACCUAAAAAAAGUACAACCCCAAUUCCAAAGAGUUUGGAUGAGCUCAUAAAGUAGAUCAUAUAGAUCAUUUUUUCCUCAAUGCAUACUUAUAACAAAUACAGCAUAUAUUGUUUAUAUAACAAGGGUGUGUUAAAAACAUGGAAAAUGUUCUUCAUGAUCGUAUCUUGUAAAACUUUCAUGGUGGCUUUGCAUUAACAUUUCUAAUCCAUAAAGAGAGAAGAAAAGUCCAAAAACUGAAUGACAUAAAUUUAAGGAAUCUACAUCACAAAUGUAGUGAUCAACGGGAAAGAACCUGGAGAGAUCACAACUUCAUAUUGCACGAAAAAUGUAGUGAAAAAUAGUGCCUGGACUGUUAAUCUACUCUGAAACCUGGAAUGAACUAGCUUGAAACAUUCCUUAUUUUAAAAAUCAGAUCAAUGCAGAUAAGGUUUACAGAAAAUGUAAUCGCCUCUGUAAAUAGUACAAUGACAAUAUCACGUUUAAAGAUCUGCUGUGACACGUAUGUAUUUGUAAACUAGUUAAAGUAUUCUUUGUAUGUGUUAAAGUAUGUUUGUGUGCAGGGGAAAAGAAAUCCAAUGACAUACAAAAACUGUCAUCGCAGUUGUCAUUGUAAAUACUCCCCAUAGUCGGGCCUUUACCACUUGAAAGAUAAAAAUUGUACACCAAAAUGUAUAUAUAAAUAUUUCUCAAAAGCUUUUUAAAUAGUUUAGAGCCACAAGAUUCUUCAUUGUGGGUGUCAUGUGUCUAAUUUGUGUGAACAGAUGGUUUCCAGACUAAAAGAUUUGGAGCAUGAAGUUUCUAGAUCUCACACUCAAAUUAUCUUUGCAUGUCUGGUUUUGAUUGUGGAAUGAACAAAGAGUAAAGAAAGGAAAGGAGAAAACAGCAAAGAAACAAAUGUAGACAAAGAAGAUGCAGAACAAGGAGUGAAAAUGUAGAAUGCAGACCAAUUAACUAACACAAACUCCAUCAUCAUUACACAUCCUUAACCCCUCCACCUACCCGACCCCUACCUCCACCCCUUAAUCUUUACUCCAAAUCCCUAUCCCCAUACACUUAUCUUAAGCCCUCAGCCCCUCAGCAUCACCUCCUUAACUCCCCUAAACCUCUCACUCUUUGUACAGUAAACUCAAUAAAUCCAUCAAGCCAAUACCAUUUACCAUUUGCUCAUUUUUCUUUCUUACACAGUUCAAACUGUCAAUAUACACUGUAAAUGUUGUAAAUAAAAACAUGUUCAAAGUCA